GAAGUCCCUCCCACAGGAAACACCCUGGAUAGACAAGAUCCGAGUUUCACAAGAGAGGAGGGAUCAAGAAACAAAGACACCCUACAAGUCCAAGAACUAACAAGCUGCUCUGUGCCAUGAGGUCCUCCUCCCUCCUCCUACUCUCCUUCCUCGUGGGUGUCUGCGAUGUCGAAGGGUCUUCAGAGUUUAGAAUCUGUGCCUUCAACCUCCAACACUACGGGGAUUCCAAGUCCAAGAAGAGCAAUGUCAUGCAAAUUCUUACCAAGAUCAUCACUCGCUGCGAUGUGUGUUUGCUUCAGGAAGUGAGAGACAGUAAAGAGAAAGCUAUACCGCUGUUGGUUGACCGCCUUAACAGCUAUGACACUGAAUAUAAGUAUGAAGCUGUGGCCAGUGGGAGACUGGGCAGGGGGGACUACCAGGAGCAGUAUGUGUUUGUGUACAGGACUGAUACAGUUACAGUCAUUGGCCAGUAUCAGUACCCAGAUAAUCGACCAGGAGAUGUUGAUGCUUUCUCCAGAGAGCCUUUUGUUGUCCGCUUUAGAGCCCCCAAGACAGCGAUAAAGGAGUUUGUUCUCAUACCUCAGCACACCACUCCAACCAACACCACCAAGGAGCUUGAUGCACUGUAUGACGUUUUGCAAGAUGUGAAGAGUAUGUGGAAAACUGAGAAUGUGAUGCUUCUCGGGGACUUCAACGCUGACUGUGGCUACCUUGCCAAGAAGAACAAGAAGAAUGUCCGUCUGAUUACCGACAAGAACCUCAUCUGGCUCAUUCCCGAUAAGACUGACACCACUGUGCGAUUGACCACCUCCUGCACCUACGACAGGAUCGUCGUGAAUGGGGACAGGUUUGCCACAGCAAUUGUGCCUCUUUCAGCAAAGCCAUUUAACUUCCAAGAGGAAUACCAACUCACAGAGGAGCAGGCACUGGAGGUCAGUGACCAUUACCCAGUGGAGGUCCUGCUGAAGCAUGAUGGAUCUAGAAGUCUGGCAACAAAUGGAGCAAAGGAUACUGCAAAUCAGAUAACAUCUCCAUCAAAGUUCUUUUCUAUGUUUGUCCUCAGCCAUCUUGUCUUCCAAAUGUUAUCUAGGUAGUUUAAAAAAAAGCACAUGUAGAUUUUCUUCAUCUCAGGACUAUCUCAGGAUGGCUUAGCUCAUGGACUGAUUAGAACUUCAUGAAUUCAGCUUGCCAAAUGUCUUUAAUAACACCACAAGAAUGGCUCUUGAUUCAUUGUUGACAUUUACCAUCAUGAAAUUCACCAUAUUGCACAAUAACAUAUCUACCUGUGUAUCUGUGUGGGAUCCUCAGUAUGAUUAAAAUUUAGGAAUCCUGAAGCUGAAUUUUUAUUAACUGGAUGACAUCUGAAUAUCAUCCAAAUUUUUUUAGUAAUCUAUUAUUCUGUAAAAAUAAAUUUUAUGGACAUUAAAGAUAAUUUAACAAUGUUAAAAACCAGAAGUACAUACAUACUGUAUAUAUGUGUCUCAGCAAAAUUUAUCAAAUCAUUUCUCUAUGUAACGGUGAUAAAAGAAAAUGUGAGGUGUUUACCAGAAUUAUUAAAAGUUGAUUGCCUUAUAUUAAGCUAUGCACACUGUAAAUGUUCUAGUUGAGAUUUUGGUUUUGGAAUGAUAAUAAAUUAGUCAUAAACUCAA